AUGUCAGAAUUUAACCCCCAAGAUUAUAAAGAAUACGAUGCCUUCAUCGUUUCAGAGAUAGAAGAAGGCUUUCGUCACGUGCAAAUCAACUACCCCAAGACUUUGAAUUCAUUCAAUGAAGUUAGAUGGAGACAGUUCCAAGCAGUAUUAGAGAAAUUGGAUAGGGAUCCUACUACAGUUGUUGUGUUGAUUUCUUCGACCUCUCCUAAAUCUUUCAGUUCAGGCUUGGACUUGAAGGAUGCCUUUGACGGUAUUGGGGGCCUCUCGGAUGUGUCAAAUGAGGAGCGUUACAUUGGAGUGCAUGAACACAUUGAGGACUUCCAAAUUGCAGUGGCAACGCCUUCUAGAAUGAAAGUUCCCACCAUCGCAUUGUUAAACGGAAUUAAUUAUGGGUUAGCCUUAGAUAUCGCUUCUGCUUGCUCUAUUCGUGUAGCUGUGGAGGGAUGCAAAUUUUCCAUCAAAGAAAUCCAAAUUGGUAUUACUGCCGAUAUGGGUUCCUUACAAAGAUUACCUGCAAUUGUGAACAACCAGUCACUUUUAUAUGAAAGAGCCUUGACUGGUAGCAUUUUCUCUGCUCAAGAUGCCUUGUCCUGGGGUCUUGUCAGUCAAGUGUUCCCCACCUUUGAAGCUGGUUUAGAGUACUGUAAGGACUUGGGUACUCAAAUAAGCGGAUAUCCUAAUUGGGCUGUCAGAGGAACGAAAAAAUGUAUCAACGAGAUCAACUUAGGGUUAAGCGUGGACCAAGGUUUAAAGAACGUCGCUGCAUACAAUGCGACUCACUUAGACGGUAAUUUCCUUAAGGCGGCUUCCGGAUUCAGCAAGAAGAGUAAAUUGUGA